AAGUUCAACUACUGGUGAAUGGCAGUUGACAAUGCCACUUAAUAAAAACGGGAGUCCCAAUGGACAAGCUGAAGCUAUACCAGAUGAGUUAGAAGAUGAUCCAUUCACUAGACAACUUUACGAAAACGCCUUAAAAGAAGGAACAGAAAUAGACAACACCAUAAGAGUCAUGGUCGUUGGUUGCUAUGGCCAGGGGAAGACGUCAUUAGUGCGGAGGUUAUUGAAAUUGCCAAUUGAAAAAGUUGAAUCAACUGAUGGAAUAGAAGUUCAAAAAUGUGUCGCAGUAAGCGAUACUGAAUGGACACCUCAGGAUGUAGUAGUUUCCGAGGAUGAAGAGAUUCGGCGUUUAGUUAGUAUUGCAAAAGGUUCGCCCACACAUGAGUCAGAUAUUGAGGAACAGUCUCCAUCUCUGCAUUUGAAAUUAGAAGAUAGCGAGAUAAGCGGACCAGAUGAAGAUAAUGACUAUCCGUCAACUGGAAAGGAGAUUGAAAAUAUUGAUGAGCAACAUAUUUUGCAGGAAAAUCUGAAAUUGUCCAACACUGAUUUAGAUCAGGGUCAGUUUAAAUCAGAAAAAUAUCAACCACUCAAAGCAAGCUCUCCCAACAAAAGUAUAAGUUUUCAGACUUUGCGUAAAUUUAAAUCGGAAUUGAUAAAAUACGAGACAAACGAUAACAGACCUGAUGUGCGUACAACAAUACGUAUAUGGGAUUUUGGAGGACAGUUUGCUUAUUAUGCAACCCAUCAGAUAUUUCAUUCGCGACAAGCUGUUUACAUUUUAGUAUUCAGUCUUGAAAAGGAUUUGGAUACCAUAAUCAAAGAUGACGAAUUCCCUCUGCACAAGAAAACGCUUCGAGACUACAUGAAAUUCUGGGUGUGUUCAAUAGAUUCUUUUGUAGGGAGCGUGGAUGGUCAUGACCCACCAAUCAUUUUAGUUGGAACACAUAUGGACAAAUUAAAGGCAGGAACAAACAUUGACUAUUAUUUUGAAGACAUCAGACAGACUUUCGAGGAUAGAUUAUGCCUUAACCAUAUUCAGCCUGCAGAUUUCGCAGUAUCCAACACAGAUUCGACAGACGAUGGAAUUGAACAGCUACGUAGGUCAAUACUGGACAUCAAGAAGAAUCAAAAGAAACGACACUUGCCUGCAAAAUGGAUACCUUUAGAAAAAGAUUUGCAAUCCCACAGAAAAAGCAUCGUUAGCUUUGACGAAGUUAUAGAAAUAGAUAGCAAAAAUGAAUAUCCAAUUUGUUCAAAAGAACAUGGCGACAAAUUUGACCAGAUCAAGCUUUUCCUUUCCUACCAACAUGCCAUAGGCUCAAUUUGCUAUUUUGAUGAGGGGGAUUUAGCUCGGUAUGUGGUUUUAAAACCUCAGUUUCUGAUCGACGCAUUCCGCUGUAUCAUUACAUCCAAACAAUUUUGUAAAGUCCGCCCAAGAAUGCGAAAACACUUGAAUAAGCUAUAUGACACAGCAAGACUUGAACCGGAGUUGCUUGAAGAAGUUUGGAUGCACAGUGGCAAUGAGGAGUUAAUGAAAAACAAAGAAAUACUGGUUGAGUUCUUGAAAAAACAUCGCAUCAUUUCCAACAUGGUUAGCUAUGAUGAGUCUACGAACCAGGAAGUUCAUGAUUAUAUCGUUCCGAGCUUUCUCAAGGUGCAAGCUGACGAUAGUAUGUUUGAAGCUUUUUGCGAGGGUAAAACAUCAUCUCAAGUCGCUCUAGGCUUCAAGGUAGUUAAUGAAAGUAUUCUGCCAGUACUUUACCAAAAAUGUUUGGCAGCUGUAGUGAGCAGAUGGCCGCUUAUCAAAUUCGACGGACAUUUUAUCAUCUAUAAUGAUGUUGUUGCGUGCGAACUGGAUUUUGAUCAUGCCGGACUGUUGAUGAUGAACGAAAAUAGACUUGAACUUCUGGUUGUCUCUCUUUGCCCUUGCGACGGUGUCAGUGCCAAUAUUUGUGACAUGUUUCGGAGAUACAUAGAACUUGUCAUCAGCACAGAAAUGAAUAGAUAUCAUGGAAAAGAAACAAAAGAAUCACGCUCUGUGACGAAUCUUGUUUUUCGAUGUUUUCAUAUUGAACACGGUUUCAAAGGAAGUAGAGAGAUCUGUGAUUUCGAAAGUCUAAACUUAAGAGACAAAUGUCCUUGUCCUGACAAGAUAAGUCAUUGUUUCAAGGCAAGGGACAUUCAGAAAGAAUGGUACUCGAGUGAUACAGAACCCGAGAAGGUUCCAAAGAAAAGGUUAACAAGGAAAGAGUACAGCACACUCUCAAUGGCGAUCGGACAAGGAUGGAAACAGAUUGGUUUACAGUUAGGUCUUAACGAAAUAGAAUUGCAACAUAUCGUGAUGAAUAACCAAACUGUUGAUAUGCAGAUUUAUCAAAUGCUUCUUAAGUGGGAUAAGAAGGAAAAUGAUAAGGCAACUCUUGAUGUCUUAAUCAAAGCAAUUGCAAACUGCUCUCGUGAAUGUGUUAAUGUUAACUGGGAUGUGUUAAGAAACGUAAUUAAUGGAUAUUAGACUGGCAUUCAGUUCUUGAUACCAGCAGCAUUACGUCCAUUAUCCAGUAAUAUUGGUAUCUACUUGGUUCGUAAUUGAUCUCAGAGUCUCACCUUUUGACGAUUUCAUUUGGAACAGAUCAGUCAGUUAUUCUGAAUAACUCUGCCAUGCCACUUGAAACAAAAUAACGUAUGUAUUGCAUAAGCCGAUACUACAUCAAUAUGACUCCAUAUCGCAGAAGGUAAAACAGACAUAUUUCGAGUGCUAUCUUCUUUGCAGUUUGUUUUCGGUUAAAGCUUGAGCGAGAGAUGUUGGAAAGUCUAGGCGUUUGUUAUGGCGCGUUCAUGCAGCAGACGACUUACCGGCGCGUCGACGCACGUUACGUCAUUGUAUUGAUUUGUAUCACUUCCGCCAGACAUUGUUGGUGCCGUGACAAAAACAGAAAUGAAUCUGCAGAAACUUAGACAGACGAGAGAUGUACAGAAAGCUGUUAUUGCACGCUAACUGCAGAAACUCAAGACCGCCGGAGAAAAUACAGAAAAUGCAAUCAAGUUUGAAACAAUACUUCAGGCGAUAGAAGGAAAGUAUAAAACGUUAGAAGCGAUAAAUUAAAAGAUUUUAACACAAACAGACGGGGAAGAUAUUGACAGCGAGAUGCUAGAAACUGAAGACUACAUUCUUAAUCUUUAAAUUCAAAUACGGAACUUUCAGGCGCUCAUGAAACAGAAUACCACGCCGCCACCGCCCACGCCGGAAGAUCACCGCUUUGAUGAUCUCAACAGAAAUGAGAGUAGCCGGAGCGCAAGUACAGGUACAGAAAUUCAGUUUCAUAACCUACCCAAGUUAAAUAUCCCUACAUUCAGUGGUAGCAUAUUAGACUGGCAGACUUUUUGGGAUUCCUUUGGGUCUAGCGUGCAUCUCAACUCGUCACUUUCUCAAGUUCAGAAAUUUCGCUACUUAAGAACUCUACUCCUCCAUGAGGGUGCUGCACAAGUAAUUGAGGGAUUUCCACUUACGCAUGGCAACUAUCUUAAGGCUGUAGCUACAAGAACGCUUCGGACAAACUCACAUGAUAAUAGAUGCUUAUAUGCAAGCUUUGAUGGAUUUACCCAGACUGACUAACAAUUUAUCUAGUAUGAGAACAUUUACUGACAAACUAGAAUCAUACAUCAGAGGUCUAGAAUCACUCGGUCAAUGCCAGGAGUCUUAUGGCAGUCUACUUGUUCCAGUCAUUAAAGAAAAACUUUCGGCGGAAGUUAGACGCAACAUUACGCGCGACCAUGGUGAUAGCCACUGGCAGCUACCGACCUAAAGAGCAGCACUGAAGAAUGAGAUCACCAUCAUUGAAGCUGGCCAGCCUAUUAACACUAAAAAAUUUUAUGAUUCGACUGCUAUGUUCCAUACACGUACCAAGCCCAAGCCAGGCGGUAUCCAGAGAAACCGGAAACAACAUGAUCGUAAAAAUUCACGCACAUCCUGUCCAUUUUGUGGUGACCAUCAGUGCCACUUUCUGUAUCAAAGUAAGUUCUUUUGCUGAAAGAAUAGACAUUGUUAAAAAAAACACUUAUGUUUUAAUUGCUUAGGAAAUCACCAGGUGUCCUCCUGUCAUUCAAACUUCCGUUGUCGCCAUUGCCGAAAGAAAGCAUCAUUCAAGCAUCUGUAAUAAGAGAACGAGUGAAAAUUGCAACCUUGAUCCUACAAACCCCCCUUCGAACCUGCUACUUCCGGUCAGUCUAUUACCAGUUCAACAGAACUGUCAGCUGCUUUUCAUUAAACCACUCAUAACAAAAAAAUAAUGUCCAUCUGAAGACCGCCAUUACGAAAGUUAGUUCUAGGAGACGCAUCGCCGAUGCAAAUAUCUUGUUUGACGAGGGUGCACAGAGGUCGUUCAUUACGGAAGAACUUGCAGACAGACUCGAGCUUCAGCGUACCGGAAGUAAAGUAAUACAUAUAGCUGCCUUUGGUUCCUCCACACAGAAGGUCAAGCAUAUUGAAACACCGACAGUGUACCUGCUCACAGAUUGCAAUGACAAGAUACCAAUCAACGUCCUAGUGGUUCCUACAAUAGCUGUCCCAUUACAGAAUCUGCAGCGUUCUGUGUCCUCACUUCCAUAUUUACGAGAUUUGAAGUUGGCUCACCCGGUAACAGAUGAUGCUACAUUUGAUAUUUCGCUUUCGAUUGGAGCCGACAAGUACUGGGACAUCUAAGAUAAGAUACCUCCUGUCCGGUCCACUUCCGGUCACCAGUAGUGAGUCAUCAACACAGUACAUCAUGAAUGUCAUCACCGCUCCGCCAGAUCUUUACAAUUUAGAGAGGUUCUGGAAGAUUGAAUGGGUGUAAGUGUACAGGAAGAAACAGAUGCUACUUCAGAUAUACUUAAGGCUUACCAGAAGAACAACAUUGAUUUCAAAGAUGGACGAUACAUAGCUAAAUUACCAUGGAAAGAGGAUCAUAAACUUCUCCCUGAUAAUUACAAUAUAACAUUGAGACGUACACAAAACAACAUCAGACGUCUUCGUGAAACGCCAAAACUUUUACAGAAAUAUGGAGAAAUUAUUGCUGAUCAAGAGCAAAGAGGCUUCAUUGAAAGGAUUAACGAGAACCAGUCAACCAGCCAAGUACACUAUAUACCGCAUCAUGCUGUUAAAAAAGAAUCCUCGACGACUCCUAUCCGGAUUGUGUUUGAUUGUAGUUGCCGCGAGUCACGUGAUUCUCCAAGUUUGAAUGAUUGUCUCGAAAGUACACCACGGAGUUAAAUGACCUAACAGGAAUUUUGAUCAGAUUUCGACUAAACAAAUUUGCGGUUUGCACAGAUAUUAAAAAAAGCGUUCUUACACGUGCAGCUGGAUGAAAGUGAUAGGGAUGUGAUACGUUUUUAUGGCUGAGUGACACCUCAGACCCUAAUAGUCAACUGAUUACUUACAGAUUCAAGACUGUGUUGUUUGGUGCGACAUGUUCCCCAUUCAUUUUAAAUGCAACUUUAUUGAAACAUCUCGAUGCCAACGCUUCCGUCUAGGUUAGUGCCGUAUUACGAAGAGAUUUGUAUGUUGACAAUAUUAUUUCCAGUUUCGCCACAGAAGCAGAUGUCCUUUCCUACUUCCAUGUGACACGUGAUCUGAUGUCGUCUGCUGAUUUUAACCUCCGGUCCUGGAACUCUAAUAGUAGUCGUCUACGUGAAGUUGCCACUACACAGAAAGUACUUGAUACAGAUAGGCCGACAAAAGUUCUGGGCCUGCGAUGGGACGCUGACGUUGAUGAAUUAUUUCUUCAACAUACUAUUUUUCCUAAAAGUGACUUCAUCACGAAACGAGAAAUUUUACAACGGACGGCAAAAGUGUACGAUGCACUUGGGAUUUUGAGUCCAGUCACAAUACGCGCGAAGAUUUUACUUCAAGACAUCUGGCAACAGAAAUAUGACUGGGAUGUGUCACUUCCGAAAGAACUGCAACAGAGAUGGAAUGAGUUAUCAGAUGACUUUAAUACAGUUUCAAGUCAUAAGUUUCAGCGUUAUUACUUCUCGCCAAACGACAUAUCUGACACAGCAGACGACAUACACAAUGUUGACGUCCACACUACAUUGCACGUGUUUGCUGAUGCCAGUCUACGAGCCUAAGAAGCAGUAGCCUACCUAUGUAGAGGAAACCAGUCUGCAUUUGUUAUGUCAAAGACCCGAGUCGCACCUCUUAAGGAACUUACAUUACCCAAGCUAGAGUUGAUGGCAGCAUCAUUGCUGCACGUCUUGCAAAUCACAUCUUACAGUCAAUUGCUACAGAGUCCGUACAUUUAUGGUCGGACAGUCAAAUCGUCUUACAUUGGUUAGAUACCUCAAAACAGCUAAAGAGAUUUGUCCAAAACAGAGUAUAUGAGAUACACGAACUGACAGACAACCGGAAGUGGAAAUAUUGUCCAACUAAUGACAAUCCCGCUGACCUGCUUACACGUGGCGUAACAUCUUUAGAGUAUUUAAACAGUAUACUUUGGAUUAAAGGUCCUUCAUGGUUACAUGACCAUUACAGAUGGCCAAAGUGGGAGAUAACCGACAGUACCGUGUUAACGACAACAGCAGAACUGCAAUACGAUAACAACAGCUGUAACAUACAAACAUGCUCUUCAUCAGAAAACACCAUCGUGGGAAUUAAUGGAAUUAAUAGCAUCAUGGAUGUCAACAGAUUCAGUAACUACAGGAAACUGCUACGAGUCACAGCAUACGUUAUGCGAUUCAUUGACAAGUGCAGAUCACCACGAUGCUCAGCCAACCUUGAACUACUCACCGUUCACGAAUUACAGCACGCGGAAAUAAUGUGGAUCGGAAGCUGUCAGAGUGUAACAUUCCACAAUGAAAUAGAUAAUAUGGACUCCAAAGGAACUCGAUUACCUUUAGUCAGACAGCUACGACUAUUCAAAGAUGACACAGGAAUUAUUUGAAGUGGCGGGAGAAUCCAUAAUGCACCACUCGAUAUGUUGACCAAAUUUCCCUAUCUACUUCUGGCUAAACACCCCUUCAAACGGCUACUCAUUCAAGAUGCACCUGAGAGUCAACUACAUGCUGGGAUUAGUGCCACCAUCAUCCACUUACGUCAGAAAUUCUGGAUACCAGCGAUCCAUCAGGCUGUGCAUUGCGUAAUCCGGAAGUGUGUUACAUGCCGCAAGGUUACUGGGAAACAGUAUACAGCACCUGACCCACCACCGCUACCAAAGAAUAGAGUAGAAGACACUCCGCUGUCACAGGAGUUGAUUUCACCGGGGCAUUGUAUGCAAGAAAGUACGACGGAAGUGAGUCGGAAGCUUAUGUUUUUCUUUUCACGUGUGCUUCUACUAGGGCUGUCCACCUUGAAUUAGUACAUGAUCUAUCAGAGGAAUCCUACAUGGCGGCAUUCAGACGAUUCACCAGCCGGAAGUCACUCCCACACAUCAUGAUUUCAGACAACGCCACGACGUUCAACGCUGCGGAACGUAAUAUAAGAGAGCUGACGCAAUCCAGAAAUGUUCGUGAAACCCUCAACAACAGAGGAACUAAGUGGAGAUUCAUACCUAAACGAGCUCCAUGGUUUGGUGGUUGGUGGGAACGGCUAAUUGGACUUACUAAAACCACCAUAAAGAAAGUUCUAGGUCGUUCAUUUGUCACCUUCGAGACACUACAAACGUUGGUUACAGAAAAAGAAACCAUUAUGAAUGACAGACCACUCACAUAUGUCUCAUCUGAUUGUACCGACCUACAACCCCUGACGCCAGCCCAUCUACUUUACGGUCGGAGAGUUAGUUCCCUUCCAUACCAAGAGAUUGCGGAAAAUGUUGAAACCGACAUUAAUUUAGGUAACUAUACAGGAAUCACGAAGCGCACCCAAGUACAAGCGAAUCUGAUUCGCCACUUCCGGGAUAGAUGGCGCCACGAGUACCUUACCAGUUUGCGAGAACAUCAUCAGAAGGCAGGUAACAACAAACAGACGAUCAAAGUUGGUGAUGUCGUACAAAUUCAGGAUGACGCUCCGAGAAACCAAUGGAAGCUUGGAAUUAUCACAGACCUAAUCACCGGAAAUAAUUAUAAUGGCCUGACACGAGCACUGAUGUUGCUUACCAAGAACAGACAUGACAUUGUGACUUCAAGACCUAUAGUGAAGUUGUAUCCGUUAGAAUUAAUUUCACACGAUGAACCAUAACGUUAUAUCAAGGACAUUUCACACAAUUAAACAGUAUAAACUUUUUGCGGCCCGGAGAAUGUUGGAAAGUCUAGGCGUUCGUUAUGGCGCGUUCCUGCAGCAGAUGACUUACCGGCGCGUCGACGUACGUUACGUCAUUGUAUUGAUUUGUAUCACUUCCGCUAGUAAAGAGAGCAAAUACACAACCCAUUAUUCUUCAAUUCUCCAGACAAGAGAUAUCUUCGGUUCGACCUUCUUCCCAUUGUAUAGACAUUUUUGUUUGUUUGUUUCUUUUUUUUUAUUCGUUUCACAAGCACCGUCAGCUGGACCUACUUGAAGAUUAUACUUUACGAAAUUGUGCUGAUUUGACGGAGGAUUUAAUUAUAAUUAUCUGUAAUAGGGACACUUUGUAUGGUUGUUAUAUAGACAGAAAAAAUAUUUGUUGACUCAUUGUUUACAAAAUAGUCGAAACUUUCAUAGAUGUGGAUAAUUUUAGUUAUUUCUUGCACCAUCACCUGGACCUACAUGAAAAUAUAUGUUACGCAUUGAUGUGGACUUGAUUGUAGAUUUUUAUAAUGUUAUAAUAUGAUGAUUAUAUAAACAGAGAAUAAUAAUAACUCAUUUGUUAACAAUAUUUAACAUAUUUGAACAUAGCAUAGAGGGAUUCGGAAAUAGAUAUUUUAUGGGUAUGUUUUAAUUGCAUACUUACAUCAGGGCUUACCAAAUAGUAAGUUGAUAUUUUGUUGCACGUGUGUAUUACAUUUACUAUAACCAGAAUUGUCAUAAGAAAGUGCAAUCACGGCCCUAUUACACAGUAACGACUUAUAACUUCAUAGUACUUAUAAUUUAGGAACAUAUGGCAGUACUAGGAAUACGAAUAAUGGUUGCACGAAUUAGAUGUCCAUAACUCCCACGGUUCUGUACGUUUUGAAACAGUAGGCAUAAGUUUCAGAUGCUUUAGCUUUCCUUAACAGUGAAAACUGUGCUUUGGUUUCUUUGUAUCUAAAACAUUUUAUGGUCUUAACUUGUCAAACGGUUUCAAGAUUCAACUUUAUUUGAAUCAAGGUCAAGUAUGGUACCUACGAUUUUGAUACAUAUUUCCGCUUUAGACGUAAUGCUCAGCUAGUACACAAAAUUUAAAGAAAUUAUGUCCGUAGGAAAAUGUUUGCCUAUAUACAUAUAGGAAGAAGUCAGGUGUGUCUUUAACUUAAUACAUGAAUUCCAUAGAAAUAAAGUUCUAUUAUAAUCUCUAAAAUACAUUAAUACCUGUUGAUGAUAUCUUGUUUUCUUUAUAAAUUCAGGUUCAUUGUUUGGUUGGGGAAUCAACGAUGUAAAUAUCAGUUGUUGUCGUAUUUUUCUGUUGUUUUUGUAUUUUUUUUUUUUUUUUGCGAAGGGGUGGGGACUCUUGGACCACUACAUUCAAAUUACUAUACAACUUUGGUAAACGUUCACUAGACUUUUUCAUUUUAACAAAAGUUUUUAAAUUCUAGUCAAUAGUGUGAACAGUUUUGAUAGAGAAUAGUCCUGAAUAGUACUAGUGUUUUGUUUUUACAAGCGUCGUGAUCAUCGCUGUUCUUGUCUUCGGUUAUAUUAUCAUCGUGUGUCAGUGGGCGUUAUACUGAUUGUUUGUGUACAGAUUCUUCCAAAAAUGAUGCAUCUAUAACGUCAAUGUUCUGCAUCCGAAACUGAUACGCUCUCGACAUACAGCAGAGACAUAAUAAAGCAGGACUGCAUAACGGACGAUAAAGGCCAUUUUUAGUUUCAGGUUUAGAUUUAUUGGAAUAUCGGCAUAGACAUUAUACCUUUUAAGAAGGCCAGUUUUUGUUCUUCUGUGCUAAAGUUUCUACCUGGGUCAUAUUUCCUUCUCAAAUUUCUAAAAAUGAAAUAUUAAAGCAGUUAUUAUGAGGUAUUUAAGAAAGUUGAUAAAUGUGUCUUACAUUUAACGGAUGGCUGUUUUUUCAUUCCUUCUAACCAAUGUAUGUUAACGAUCAAAUUGAUACACUCAUCUUCGGCUGCUUCAUCUGUUUCAAAACGUGCAAACCUGAGACGUUUAAUACCAUCAAACCAAAUCUUACCCGUCGUUUAAUAAUUCCUCGUGUUACCUAGGACUGCCCUGUGAGUUGAGUUGAUAGAGAUAAAACAGGUUAUUAACUUUAAGGUAAAAUAUGGUUAUUGCUAUGGAAGUUUGAUAUGGGAUGCUGUUUUUGGCUCGAGUGAAUUAUGCUAUGUUAGUGUAAUAGGAGGCGCGCAAGCGCUGAGUGAUCCAGCCUGGAAAAGUCCACGACAGUCGAAUACAAAAUUCCAGAUCUAGGUACUGUUAUGAUGACCCUUUCAAUUAAUACUUCCAUCGUUUUGUCUGUAGUUUAUUAUCGAAAGAAAUCUUCAACGUUUUGACAGUAUAUCGAUGUUAAAAUAGAAUUGCGUCUAAAUUGUGUGUGCUUUAUUUAUAGAACUGUGUCAAUUCAUGUAUAUUGAAUGGAAAUAGCGCAGCAAAAUGCAAUACAAAAGAUGCAAUUCGGAUUGUUUCUUUCUGUACGUAUUUACUUGAACAAUACUAGACGCUUUGUUGUUGUUUUUUGUCCACAUAAUUUGUGUAGGUGUAUAUUAAACACAUUUGUCAUAUUAAAAUUAAUGAGCACAUAUAUUUUUCAAGUACUUAUCUACCUGUAAAUAGAAUGUAAACAUUUUCUUGAUAAGAAUUUGUAUCACUCCUAUCAAAUAACUUUUAGCCUGCUACAUUUCUAAAAUUGACUGUUCCAUUAUUCAAUUUGCGCAGUACCAUUUAUUUUUCGAAGGGGUGUUUACUAAAUAUUUUAUGACUGAAUAGCGAACAGUACAGACCAUGAUCAGCCGGCACAGACGUUUAGGCUGAUCUUCAUCUACGCUGGUCGCAAAGGCAGAAUCAAUUGCCGCCAGCAGGAUGAAGUUUGAAUAAUAAUAACAAUAGAAAACAUCCACUUUAUCAUGCCCCUUUGAUAUUUCUGCUCUAGUGGUCCGAAAGGAGUUGCAUUUAUUGUUCUUCUAAAAAUCAAAUGUUAAUAACUAUGCAGCUUGGUUUUACGCUAUUAUUAGUAGUUGUUUUGUAGAAAUAUAUUGACAUUUGUGCGCAGUUAAUUUCAUACCAAUCACAUUUUCUCCCUUUGAUAUAAAGGUAAUAAAGGCUAUGACGUUAAUAAACUGUAUUCUGUCCAUCUUUGUUUAAUUGAAUUUUGAUAUUCAUUGAAAAUAUUGAUUGCAUAUUAAAUUUUGUAUGUGACAGAAUAUUUAUACAAAUACGUAUGUGAUAGAAUAUCUAUACAAGUACUGUUUAAAGCAUUGAAUUCAUUGAAAGAUCUGAAGUAAAUUUGAUUGAUUGUGCGUAUGUAUAUGUUAAAAUAUUUUCAACAGUGUUGUUAUGUAAUGAAUUCAUUGGAUGAACUGAAGUAAAUUUGAUUGGUUGUGUACAUGCAUGUGAAUAUUUAUACCAGAUUUGUUUUAAGUACUGAAUUCCUUGAAAAUAAUGAAGUAAAUUUAAUUGAUUGUUAGUAUGUAUGUGAUAUAAUAUUUAUACAACUGUUUCUUUAAGAACUGAAUUCCUUGAACAAAAUGAAUUACAUUUAGUUGAUUGUGAAUAUGUAUGUGAUAGAAUAUCUAUACAAUUGUUGCUUUAAGUACUAUUUUCCAUGAAAACUGAAGAAAAAUAACAGAACAUGGUAUAAAAAAAGAACAUGCAUGUGAUAGAAUACUUAUACAUGUGUUGUUUAAGGACUGAAUUUCUUGAAAAUAAAAUAAAGUAAAUUUUAUUGUAUGCUAUAGAAUAUUAAACAAGUUUUGUUUAAAGUUACUGUACUGAAUUCAUUGAGGAAAUUAAGUAAAUUUAAUUAGUUCUGAAAAUGUAUGUUAUAAAAUAUUUAUACAAGACUUAGUGUUGUUUUAAGUACUGAAUUCCUUGAAAAGAAAAUGAAGUAAAUUUAAUUGAUUGUGAAUAUCAAUGUGAUAGAGUAUUUAUACAAUUGUUGGUUUAAAUACUGAAUUCCUUCAAGUAAAUGAAGUAAAAUAAAUUGAUUGAGAACGUGGUAUAUGAUAGAAUACUUAAUAUACAAGCGUUGUUUUAAGUACUGAAUUCCUUGAAAAAAAGGAAGUCAACAUUAUUGAUUGUAAAUAUGUAUGUUACAGAAUAUUUAUGCAAGUUUGUUUUAAGUACUGAAUUCACUGAGAAUAUGAGCAAAUUUUAAUUGAUUGCGAAUAUGUAUGUGAUAGUAUAUUUAUACAAUUGUUGUUUUAAUUACUGAAUUUCUUAAAAAAAAAUGAAGUAAAUUUAACUGAUUAAGAAUAUGUACUAUGUAAUCGAACAAUUAGAUAAGUGUUUUAAGAACUGAAUUCCUUAAAAUGAAUGAAGUAAAGUUUAUUGAUUGUGAACAUGUAUCAUACAUACAUACAUACAUUGUAUGUUACAGAAUAUUUAUUCAAGUGUUGCUUUCAGUAGUGAAUUCAUUGAAUAAUGGACUUAAAUUUACUCGAUAGUGAACAUGUUUGUGACAGCGUAUUUAGUAUUGUUAUUAGCUCUGUAAUCAUUCAUUGAAUCAUGCAUGUCAUAGAAAUGCUUAUAAUGUUACAAGACUAUUUUUAUUCAUUUCAUCUGGAGUAAGAACAAUGUUAAUUUAAUUAUCACAUUUUCCGAAUAUUUAGAGACGAAAAUGUACUUCUCUGUCAAACUGUCUUUGCUGAAAUUGGCACAGCAGUUAAAAAGAGAAGUUAAAAGAACAUAAAUGUUCGAAAGUGUCACACUUUCCUGUUUAAUACAUUUUAUGCGUUAUGUCAUUUUUAUCAGAUCAAUUAAUACCAACACUUGCUGUGAUUUGAUUUUGUCAGUAAACAUGUACUUUGUGA